AUUCGGGCGGUGAUUAUAGGGUCCGGCGGAUGCGUUAUGUUCGCGGGAAGUUGAAAGCCGGUUUGGGCGGGUUUCCUUCGUCGGCUGAGCGCGGGAAAAGGCAGCUUCCCGCCGCACUUUCACGCCCUUUGGCGCCAAUGCGCGGGAACCCGCCUUUUGGCUAUAGUGGAAUCGGACACGCGCAUGACGGCCGGUUGAUGACGACGUUCCCUCUAUGCGCACUAGCAAUACGCAACUAGCGACUCCACGUGGCAGCCCAGGAAGGGGAGUCGGCUGGUUCGUGCCGCUCAGAAGUGGGUUCAGGUGAGCGGCGAAGGGGAUGUCGGGCAGUCAACCCAAUCAGAAUCAAUCAACGGCGAGCGCCAAGACAUGCUGACAGUCGAUCGGGUGCAAGGCGGACGGGCUCGGAGCUGACCUGUCCACGGUCUGCUUGUCGACUGCGCACGUGUCAGCCACGUGGCACCCUAUCGUGUUUUCUAAUUCAGUGUCAUCUUCGAUUAACGGCAAGCUGUCGUCUCCGAUUUGGCGGGAAGCAAUCAAUGAUAUGUGGUGUGACUUGAAGCGAUCGCACCCGGUUUUGGCGGGACGCGGAAAUCACCACCUUCUGUUACGGGAUAUUUCGGAGUGACGGUGCUUGAGGCGGGAAGGGUGCUCGUCUGCUUGAAAGAAGAAAAGGGGUCAUCCCCCCCUGUCUUUUUAGAACGCGCACACACACACCCAUACACACACACACAGAUCACAUACAGACACACACACACACAGACACAGACAGAGAGAGAGA